GGGGUUAGAUGGGGCGCGCGAUCCAGUCGACUUACUCCGAGGCGCCAGAUCCCGCGAGAGCAGGAGCUUGACCAUUUUUCCUAAGGCGGGAGCGGGCUGCUGGGGCUUCUCUGUUGGAGGAAAGUGGCUGCAGUAUACUGUUACCGAGAUCAGAGUGAAGACACCUGGAGAGAAGUUGUCAUUGCUAAGAGUGUCUCUGGAAGACUCCUGGUCUGCGACUCUUGGAAGAUGGCUGAAGGACUCUGUACUUAUACACACAAAAAAUGAAGAUCUGAAGAAAUAAUUUGGCUAAAGUGAGGAGUAGGAUUCAAGUGGAAGAAAUGAGGCACUGUUCUAGGCAUGAGGGAUAUGGAAAUGAACAAUUCAGACAAGAUGCAUGCCCUCUAGACGCUCAUAUUCCAAUAGGAAGGACUACUAGUAAAGACAAAUGACCAUAUGUUUUGUCAGAAGGUGGGUUCUUUUUUAGAAGUAUUCCUUGGAAUGAUAAUUUCAUUAUGAGUCAACAAGGUUACGUGGCUACACCUUCCUAUUCUCAGUCCCAGCCUGGAAUAGGCCUUUCUCCACCACAUUAUGGCCACUAUGGGGACCCAUCUCACGCAGGUUCUCCACCAGGUAUGAUGAAGCCAGCAGGGCCUUUGGGGGCUGCUGCCCCUGGGGGGAUGUUGCCGCAGGGCCAUCCACCUCCUGCACCCCAUCAAUUUGGCCAGAAUGGAGCUCAUGCCCAAGGUCAUCCUCCUCAAAGGUUUCCUGGCCCCCCACCUGUCAACAGUGCAGCCCCCUCCUAUACACCAUACUCGCCCUUGACACAGUCACCUUAUCCAAGUCCGGUGUCCACGUCAUCCGUCGCCCAGCUGGGCAGUCAGCUCAAUGCUAUGCACAUCAAUAGCUAUGGUUCGGGCAUGGCUCCCCCCAGCCAGGGACCCCCUGGGCCUCCAUCAGCACCAUCGUUCCAGGGUCCUCCACGACCCCCGCAGCCAUCCAUCUUGCAGCCUGGAUCGCAGGUUCUCCCACCACCCCCCACGGCACUAAAUGGCCCUGGGGCGUCACCGUUGCCUCCAUCCACACACAGACAAGAUGGGCUCCCUGGGCCAGCUCCUCCGAACGCACAGUACCAGCCCCCACCCCUUCCAGGACAGACUCUGGGCCCUGGAUAUCCUCCACAGCAGGCCGCCAACUUUGGUCCCCAGAUGGCAGGUGGGCAGCUCUCCUAUCCAGGAGGCUUUCCUGGAGGUCCUGCACAGAUGGCUGGUCCACCACAGCCUCAGAAGAAGCUGGAUCCCGACUCGAUCCCCAGCCCAAUCCAGGUGAUCGAGAAUGACAGAGCCACCAGAGGGGGACAAGUUUAUGCCACCAACACUAGAGGCCAGAUUCCUCCCCUGGUCACUACAGAUUGUGUGAUACAAGACCAAGGCAACGCCAGUCCUCGAUACAUCCGUUGCACAACGUACUGUUUUCCAUGCACAUCAGAUAUGGCCAAGCAGGCCCAGAUUCCAUUAGCUGCCAUCAUCAAACCCUUUGCCACGAUUCCUUCGAAUGAGACACCCCUCUACUUGGUCAAUCAUGGGGAGACUGGACCAGUCAGAUGCAACAGGUGCAAAGCCUACAUGUGCCCGUUCAUGCAGUUCAUUGAGGGAGGAAGGAGGUACCAGUGUGGAUUUUGCAGCUGUGUGAAUGAUGUUCCGCCAUUCUAUUUCCAACAUCUGGACCACAUUGGAAGAAGACUGGACCACUACGAGAAGCCAGAGCUAUCUCUAGGAUCUUAUGAAUAUGUUGCUACUUUGGAUUACUGCAGAAAGAAUAAACCUCCCAACCCACCAGCCUUUAUCUUCAUGAUCGAUGUCUCGUAUAGUAACAUUAAGAAUGGACUUGUGAAGCUCAUAUGUGAGGAACUGAAGACCGUGCUGGAAAGACUUCCAAAGGAAGAUCAAGAAGAGACUUCUGCAAUUCGAGUUGGUUUUAUCACAUACAACAAAGUUCUCCAUUUCUUUAAUGUAAAGAGUAAUCUGGCCCAGCCUCAGAUGAUGGUGGUGACUGAUGUUGGCGAGGUCUUUGUUCCUUUGCUGGAUGGGUUCCUUGUCAACUAUCAAGAAUCUCAAUCUGUGAUUCACAAUCUGUUGGACCAGAUUCCAGAGAUGUUUGCAGACUCUAAUGAAAAUGAGACUGUUUUUGCUCCUAUCAUCCAGGCUGGCAUGGAAGCCCUAAAGGCGGCUGACUGUCCCGGGAAGCUCUUCAUCUUCCAUUCCUCCCUGCCAACUGCGGAAGCACCAGGGAAGCUCAAAAACAGAGAUGACAAAAAAUUGAUUAAUACAGACAAAGAGAAGAUACUUUUCCAGCCUCAGACAAAUGUCUAUGACUCACUGGCCAAGGACUGUGUGGCUCACGGCUGCUGUGUGACACUCUUCCUCUUCCCCAGUCAGUACGUGGACGUGGCCUCUUUGGGUCUCGUGCCGCAGCUCACGGGAGGAACCCUCUACAAAUACAACAAUUUCCAGGUGCACUUGGACAGCCAACAAUUUCUGAACGACCUCAGAAAUGACAUUGAGAAGAAAAUAGGAUUUGAUGCUAUUAUGAGGGUUCGUACCAGCACAGGUUUCAGAGCCACUGACUUCUUUGGUGGCAUUUUUAUGAACAACACCACCGAUGUAGAGAUGGCAGCUAUUGAUUGUGACAAGGCAGUGACUGUAGAGUUCAAGCAUGAUGACAAACUCAGUGAAGACAGUGGAGCCUUAAUCCAGUGUGCCGUGCUGUACACAACCGUGAGUGGUCAGAGGAGACUUCGGAUUCACAAUCUGGGCUUGAACUGCAGCUCCCAGUUAGCCGAUCUCUAUAAGAGCUGCGAGACAGACGCCCUUAUCAACUUCUUCGCCAAAUCAGCUUUCAAAGCUGUUCUACACCAGCCCCUGAAGGUCAUCCGGGAAAUUCUAGUUAAUCAGACCGCCCACAUGUUGGCCUGUUACCGGAAGAAUUGUGCCAGUCCAUCCGCAGCCAGCCAGCUUAUUUUACCAGACUCCAUGAAAGUCCUGCCAGUGUACAUGAACUGUUUGUUAAAAAACUGUGUGCUGCUCAGCAGACCAGAGAUCUCCACAGACGAGCGGGCGUUCCAGAGACAGCUGGUCAUGACCAUGGGUGUGGCUGACUCUCAGCUUUUCUUCUACCCGCAGCUUCUGCCAAUACACACCCUAGAUGUCAAGAGUACAACGUUACCUGCUGCUAUUCGUUGCUCUGAGGCCCGUCUCUCAGAAGAAGGAAUAUUCUUACUGGCUAAUGGCCUAAAUAUGUUCUUAUGGCUGGGAGUAAGUAGCCCACCAGAACUGAUCCAAGGAAUAUUUAACGUGCCAUCUUUUGCACAUGUCAAUACAGAGAUGACACUGCUGCCUGAAGUGGGAAACCCAUACUCUCAAACACUCAGGAUGAUAAUGGGUAUUAUCCAACAAAAGCGGCCAUAUUCAAUGAAGCUCACAAUAGUAAAGCAGAAAGAACAGCCAGAAAUGGUUUUCCGACAGUUCCUGGUCGAAGACAAAGGACUUUAUGGAGGAUCAUCUUAUGUGGAUUUCCUUUGUUGUGUCCACAAGGAGAUCUGUCAGCUGCUUAAUUAACUGAACUCUCUAUUAUUGAUACUGCAUUUCUAAGGAGAUGAUCUCCUUCUUGGUGCCUAAUUCUCCAAAUGAUAACAGACUAGUUUUUGAUUUCUUGCUCAUUUUCAGGAUAGCUUUCCAAGAUGGCAUUUAGAACUUCAGCUUUGGUGCUCAGGUAUAAAGCCAGUGAAGGUACAGUUGUAUCUUAAAGGGAAUAGUCUAUUUCUCAUUGCACAAUUUUUAACUGUUAAAAUGGAUGCAGUUUGCAUUUCAUGAAGGUAUAGUUUACAGAACUGUAAACAUUCUCAGUUUUCUUUGCGCUAGACAUAUAAAUUAUUUUUCAAAAUGUAUAGAUCUGGGGUAAAAAGUUGUCUUGGUUCCUCUCCCAUUUGCAGUGAAGGAAAAAAAAAAAACCCUUAAUUUUACAUUAUACUUUUUUUUUUUUUUUUAAAUCCAUGUAACCCCAUUGAACACAUUUUUCAACUUAAGGUUUGCAUAGCAAACUUUUAAAUAACCUUGGAAUCUAUUUGGUAGAACAAUUUGUGUUUUUUUUUUUUUUCAUAAUUAUAUGUCGUGUAUGUUAAAACUAUUUUCCAGUUGUUCUCUUGUCUGUAAAAGUGUCUUUAUCAAUAUUCUUAAUGGUUCCCUGUAUCAUUUUGACAGUUUCUACCUGUAUAUAGUGGAUCUUAACCAGUAUCAAUAAAUCACUUCAUAUGCUCUUA